UAAUAAUUGUCAGUUCACAUUUUACUUUUUAUGUUUAUGUAGAUUAUCACCUAUACACCACCAUAUUACAAUAAAUAGUUAUAACCGAGCAAAACUCGGUCGCCCAGGUACUAUACCUGAUUCAUGAAGGUCCGUUUUUUUAUCGCUUAAUGGUCCGCGAUAUGAUCUUUACAUUGAUAUCUAAAUGUUUCAGCUUCCAGAAUAUCUCGCAUGGGCGAAAAUAUUAUUGUAUAAAUUUAUGAGUACAAAGAGCAGUUCGUGUUUAGAGUCCAUUGUUGAAAACACAUAUAAAAGAUAUCAAAUUAUCUAACUGAAGUCUAGAAAUCAUAAGGCCAAACAAAUUAUUUAAAAAUAUUAAAAUUGAGUAAAAGAAAAAAAUACGCAUUAAGUACAGAGUGGGCAAAUACGAGUGAUACAUUUUGUUUUUAAAUUUCAAUUAUAUUAUGUGCCAAAUGUACUAAAUAUUUUUUCAUAAAUAUAUUAUUCAGGGUUGGCAAUUGUAUACGGAUGAUAAUUUCUGCCAAAUGUAUACCUCUAGGAGGAAGCAUUUUUUUUUUCAGAUGUUUGUGUUGUUUAAAACACAUUGUUUGCUCGAUUAAUUUUGAGAAACAGUGACAGUGAUUGGGACCCAGAUUCCAGGCCAAAAGGAAUAACGUUGUAUAAAGUAUGGGACAUCUAUGUAUGAAUUUCCAAAGGUGUUUGUUCUUUAAUUUUCUAGCUGAGCCUGCUGAGCCAGUAUCAAAUUCUAGUCUUGUAUUAGAAACCGCAAACCGGAGGCGACAUAAAUACGUUUAGUACGCUAUUUAAUGUUUGUAUAUUAUCAUCUCUAUGACCCUAAGUAAUUAACUGUACCUACAAAUUAGCGACAGUGCCUUAUGUGCUCGACACGCACUUUGGGUGUGAGUUUGAAAAAGGAUUCUAAUAUUAAUUUUACCCAUCUCUAUUCAAUACUCGCAACAUAUUUAUUAGAACGUGGCGGCCACCAUGACAAAGUAUUAGUAAUACCAUCUGAGCGUCCAUCUUACGCUCGCUGGUAUCAUCAUAUCACAAAUUGUCCGAAUAUUAAUAAGUAAUUGUGUAAAAGCAUACCCGACGGCCACUUUAAUAACGACAAGAAUAUUAACUAAUAACCUUACCAUGAUAUUGGACUUGCGAAGAAUUUAAUGUAACGGGUUCGGCAUGUUCUGUGAGUGAAAAGAAAAUGUAGGUAUCUUAGCAGUCUUUCUACUAGUACUUAUAAAUGUAAAAAUUUGUAUGCUUGGAUAUUUCCAUGGCCUUGGAUGGUGCAACAGGACAGCACUACAACAAGGCCGACGAGAGUAUGAUUUUUCGUUUAUUCAUUCGUUCAUUUACUUCAUCAUUGGUUGGUGCGUACAAAAGAUCUUAAUAUUGUAUACUGCACUGAAAUAAAAAUAAGAAACUAAUUAACUAACUCACUAACACUAUUAAAUAUAACAUACAUAAUAUAUAUGGCCGGCCGUAUUUAUUUCAACGCGAACGAAUUCGUAGAUAAAUGUUUUCCAAAAACUUAUCGUAGAACUGUGAAGUCUUAACUGCAAAAAACUGUAUUACACUAUAUUACUGUAUUAUACUGAUUUUACCUGUAACUAUGAGCAACUAUGACAACUCGUAUGUACCAAUUCAAACGCCGCGGCAUGCAUCCUAUAUAAAAUGUUUUAAUUUAUGUAAUUUCAGUAUUAUUUCAGCACUUACAAAAUUUAAAGAACUACCAUAAUCGUACUCGUAGCUCUAAAAGGAUCUCUAAAGGUCAGACACGGAACGAAGAGUAUAGUUUUACUAAUGGUUUGUGUCCAUUAAAACAAUGAUGGCAUUGAAACAAACGAUUAUUGGGAAUUUGUGUUGGUGUAAGCAAGCUGUUAUCCUAAAAAAUGACUAAAGCUAGCGGUGCAAAGAAAAGUUUCUCCUCGUGGAUAUUAAAGAAAAACAAAGUUCAUGUUGCUAAAAUACCCGUGACCAACAAAGCAGUAACCUUACAAGAUUCAUUGAGACCAAUCUUGAUAAUCGGGCAAGCGUUCGGUUUAUUUCCUGUUAUCGGAUUAUACAGCAAGCACGAAGCUAACUUGAGGUUUUACUGGAUAUCCUGGAAAUGCAUUUAUUCAUUGAUACUAUUGAGCGGGCAAAUAUGGAUGUGCGUAAUGUGUUUUAAUAAAAUGUUUCGCUCGGAAACUACAUUGCAGACUACAUCACCAGCUAUCUUCUAUGGAACAACAUGUAUAUCUAUAGCAACGUUUCUACAAGUAUCUUUAAAAUGGCCUAAAUUAGUCAAGCACGCGAUUCAAACAGAAGAUCUAGAUCCCAACUUUGAUACAAGAUUGACAUCAAAAUGUUACAUGACUUGUGCCGUUGUUCUCCUCCUAGCCAUUAUAGAAUACAUUCUUUCUCUGCUAUAUGCGUUGAGGGAAGCCAUAGUGUGUUAUUCACAUACACAUACUAGUACGUACGAAGGAUUUAUGAGAAUAUCUUAUCCGUGGGUGUUUAGCUUUAUGCCAUAUUCCAUUCCACUGGGCAUAAUAACGCAGUUCCUGCAUUUUCAAGCAACGUUCAUUUGGAACUUCUCUGAUCUAUUUGUAAUUUGUACGAGUUAUUACCUUACUUCACGCCUGGAUAAUGUCAAUCGAAAGUUACUAAUAGCGCAAGGCAAGUACUUGCCGGCAUCAUUCUGGCGGAGCGCGCGCGAGGAGUAUAGCCGCGUGACGCAGCUUAUAAGGAAAGUUGACCAAGUCAUAAGUGGAAUAGUCUUCAUAUCUUUUGCAAACAACCUAUUCUUCGUGUGCUUGCAACUGUUCAAUACUUUAGAGAAUGGAAUAAAAGGUACUGGAGCUUGCCGUGCUAGUCGUCUCAAAGGGACGACACUGUUUGCCGGUUAUGAGGGUCCCGCGUACUUCAUCUUCUCUCUGGUGUACCUCAUCAGUCGAUCUGUAGCGGUUUCACUAAUCGCAUCACAAGUAAACAGCGCAUCUUUGCUGCCUGCCCCAGUUUUGUAUGAUGUCCCGUCACCGGUGUACUGCAUAGAGGUUCAAAGAUUCAUUGAUCAAGUUAAUGCAGAUAAUGUGGCAUUAACCGGACUGCAGUUCUUUACCGUCACUCGUGAGUUGCUAUUAACGGUUGCCGGAACAAUAGUCACGUAUGAGCUAGUAAUGUUGCAGCUUACACCUUCAGCUCAAGUACCUACGGCUAAUGGGACUAUGACAUAGAAAAUACAUGCACAUUUUUUUAUUUUAUUUAGUACCUUGUUUUGUUUUUAUUAAAGUUACUUUUGUUUAUGUC